CUCUUCCCCAACUGGACGCUCCCUCUCUGGAUCACCACGGGGCUCUCCGCCUUCUUCUUCUGCUACCUGCUUGUGUAUGAUGUAACCUAUGCUUAUGUUGAGGACGGAAAAGACCUCUUCUACCGCAUUAUGAUCGCAGUGCCCAAUAAGGUCUUCCCCGACGUCUCUCUGGUGAUGCUGGCUCUGUGCUACCUGCCGGGAGCUCUGGCGGCCAUCUUGCAGCUGCACAACGGCACAAAGUACCGGCGCUUCCCUGAUUGGCUGGACCGCUGGCUGCAGUGCAGGAAGCAGCUGGGAUUGGUGGCCUUGGCUUUUGGUCUUCUGCAUAUGAUCUUCACCUUGAUCAAACCCAUCAGAUACAGCUUCAUGUAUAGCAGAGACACUGGUGUGAUAAAACAGAUCAAAGAGAAUGUCACAAAGCCGUUUGACAACACGGAGGCCUGGAGGAUAAAGACUCCACUAUUCCAUGGGCAUUCUGGGAUUCCGGCAUUGUUCCUGCUUCUGGGCAUCACCUCUUGGCCCUCCGUGCAGCAACACACUAACUGGAGGGAGUUCCGCUUCGUCCAGUCCAAACUAGGUUACCUGACUCUGGUGCUGUGCACCGGCCACGGCCUGGUCUACGGCUGGAACAAGUUUCUGAAGCCUAGCAGGUACCACUGGUGUUUGCCCCCCUCCUACGUGCUGUCCCUGGUGCUUCCCUGUGUGGUCCUGAUGCUGAAGCUCGUCCUCAUCACCCCCUGCAUCCACCACCGCAUCACCCGCAUCCGGAACGGCUGGGAGAAGCCCGGAAAGAACCAAGGUCACCACACUACGGUCUCCUUGGGCAAAGCCACGUCUCUGUGAUGUAAUCAUGGCCAUGACCAAACUACGGUCUCCUUCGACACCAAAGCCACAUCUUGUGAUGUAAUCAUGGCCAUGACCAAACUACGGUCUCUUUCGACACCAAAGCCACAUCUUGUGAUGUAA